CUGUAAAUUGUUUCAUCUUGUUUGUAGCACUUAUUUUCUUGACUGAUAAAAAAGCCAAAGGAAUUUAUAUUAACGAUUGUUUCCAAUCCCAAGAAAAGCUUUCUAAGUUUUGUGAUGUAUCGAUAUGCCCAAGAGGUGUUACCCACGUACUCUGUAAUACAUAUGGAUUCUGGGGAAAAACUUGCGGUUGUGCUCAAGGGACAUACCAAAUGACUAGCAGUAUAAAAGAAUUUAUUCUACGACAACAUAAUACAUUUCGAGAUAUUGUGGCCAAAGGAGCUCUGCAAAAGUUACCUUCGAGUGGUCGCAUGCUCACCAUGCAAUGGAGCCCAGAAUUGGCCCGAAUCGCAGAAUGGGCAGCAAAAAGAUGCACUAUAAGUCCACCAACGGAAUGCAUUUCGACGGUACAAUAUAGGAACCCUGGCUUUAAUGCGGCCUACAAUAAAUUUAAGGGCGACCAGGACAUUCUGAAAAUUGUGGAGUCCAUACUGCAUUCGUGGUAUCGGGAAAAUCAGUGGGCCAGAGCGAAAAGUAUCGAGAAUGGCGUAUCGAAAGACAAUCACGAGAUAGGACACUUUUUACAAUUAAUAAUUGGUGAGGUCGAUCGCAUUGGCUGUGCCAUAUCGAGGUAUACUAAAGAGGGAUGGAAUCAUCAAUUAUUGGUCUGUAUAUAUAGCGACUCCAUGAAGGAUUUCAAGAAACCCGUUUAUCAAACCGACAAAAAACCAGCUUCACAUUGUAAAUGUGGUGUCUCUUCGCAAUAUAAACAUUUAUGCUCGCCAAGUGAAACUUCCAAUAUAAAAAGAGAAAUAAAGAAACGGGAAAGAAAUGAUAUUGAAACAACAGCCAUCCCAGGACACAUUCAAAAGAUUGAAGAGUGGUAUUUGGACCAAACAGAAAUUUGAACAUAAAAGUAAUAAAGUGACUUCUCCAAUACUUUACUUCUAAUAAAUGAUAUCUGGAGUAUAAA